CAUACAUCGAUCCUUUCAACCUUUAUAAUUUCCAUCCGCUGACCUCUCAUCUCUCCAUCUCCACAACACCUCUCUCCAAGAAAAUCUAGACUAGUAAAGAGAACUUCAAAACCAUGACCGAUUCUUUAAGAAUUUGGCUUAGCUCUCUCCAGCAAAAGUGCGGGUCUUUCCUUCAAGAACUGAAGCUCCCAAACAAGGCAUCCACUCGGCACAAGAGAUCAAGAAAUCCCAAGACACCACCGUCACCAUCAUCUUCGAAGUUCCACUCAUCAACUCCCUCUUCAUUCGCAGCAAGCGAGGUCUCCGCCCAACUGAGACAAGUCUUCGAGCUCAUUGAUGCUGACGGUGAUGGCAAGAUCUCGCCAACGGAGCUCAGCCGAGUCCUCUCAGGCCUCGGGCACGUCGGGGCGGCGGCGGCGGACGAGGAGGCACGGGUGAUGGUCAAGGAAAUUGACCGCGACGGCGACGGGCGCGUCGACCUGGACGAGUUCUUGGUCGCGGUAUUGAGCGGGGAUGACGACCUGAUGGAUGCCUUCCUGAUCUUUGACGCCAACAAGGACGGUUUGAUAUCGGCCAAGGAGCUGCAGAGGGUUUUGCAAGGUGUGCGAUGUGAAGCUAGCAUCGAGGAUUGCAGGCGCAUGAUUAGAGGGGUCGAUACGGACGGCGACGGUUUUGUGAAUUUUGAGGAGUUCAGGUCGAUGAUGAGAGGGUGUUUUUCUUGAUUUUCUUGAAUUGAAUUGGAGGUUUUCGUUUUACGGGCUGAAACUUUGGAGACUAUUUUGGUAUCAGAGCAAGUGGAGCAGUUGUUUCUGUUAUUUUUUUGGUAGGUCCACGUAAAAUGCAAUUUUACAGCCAGACUAUAUUAAAAUGCAAAAUUUUACUAUUGUUCUGUUAGUUGAUUACUAAUUGCAUAUAUGUGUAAUUACAGCUAUGAUUAAUUGUGGAAAAAAGUUGU